GGCCCCUCGGCAACCGGCACAACACAACAAAAUGGCCGUCGCGCCGCUGCGCGCCUGAGGAAAGAGCCCCAACGUCUUCCGCUCCGCCUCAGCCUGCGGGACUGCUCGGCUCGGCUCCUAGGCAAGACAGAGACUCCCUAUGCUGCCCAGGCUGGGGUGCAGUGGCCAGUCACAAGGUUGAUCAUAGCACAUUGUAGCCUGGAGCUCCUGGGAUCAAGCAAUCCUCCUGCCUCAUCCUCUGGAGCAACUGGGACUGCAAGUAUACACACUGUGCCUGACGAAAUAUCACAAUAUUUGGUUUUGAUGAACACCUGGCUUUAUUUUUGCAAUGAAGAAAGGUUCUCAACAAAAAAUAUUCUGCAAAGCAAAGAUGCCAUCGUCAUCUCACUCUCCUAUCCCAUCAUCUAUGUCCAAUCUGAGAUCUAGGUCACUUUCACCUUUGAUUGGAUCAGAGACUCUACCUUUUCAUUCUGGAGGACAGUGGUGUGAGCAAGUUGAGAUUGCAGAUGAAAACAAUAUGCUUUUGGACUACCAAGACCAUAAAGGAGCUGAUUCACAUGCAGGAGUUCGAUAUAUUACAGAGGCCCUCAUUAAAAAACUUACUAAACAGGACAAUUUGGCCUUGAUAAAGUCUCUGAACCUUUCUCUUUCUAAAGAUGGUGGCAAGAAAUUUAAGUAUAUCGAGAAUUUGGAAAAAUGUGUUAAACUUGAAGUACUGAAUCUCAGCUAUAAUCUAAUAGGGAAGAUUGAAAAGUUGGACAAGCUGUUAAAAUUACGUGAACUCAACUUAUCCUAUAACAAAAUCAGCAAAAUUGAAGGCAUAGAAAAUAUGUGUAAUCUGCAAAAGCUUAACCUUGCAGGAAAUGAAAUUGAGCAUAUUCCAGUAUGGUUAGGGAAGAAGUUAAAAUCUUUGCGAGUCCUCAAUUUGAAAGGCAACAAGAUAUCAUCGCUCCAAGAUAUAAGCAAGUUGAAACCGCUUCAAGAUUUGAUUUCUCUGAUCCUAGUUGAAAAUCCAGUUGUGACCCUUCCUCAUUACCUCCAGUUUACCAUUUUCCACCUCCGUUCACUGGAAAGUUUGGAAGGUCAGCCAGUAACCACUCAGGAUAGACAGGAGGCUUUUGAGAGAUUCAGUUUAGAAGAAGUGGAAAGACUGGAAAGAGACCUAGAAAAAAAGAUGAUAGAAACUGAAGAGCUUAAGAGCAAACAAACAAAGUUUCUUGAGGAAAUUAAAAAUCAAGAUAAAUUGAACAAAUCAUUGAAAGAGGAGGCCAUGUUACAGAAACAGAGCUGUGAGGAACUCAAGAGUGACUUAAACACAAAAAAUGAAUUGCUAAAACAGAAGACCAUAGAACUAACACGAGCGUGUCAGAAGCAAUAUGAGCUGGAACAGGAAUUGGCCUUUUAUAAAAUUGAUGCUAAAUUUGAGCCACUAAAUUAUUAUCCAUCAGAGUAUGCUGAAAUUGAUAAAGCCCCAGAUGAAAGCCCUUACAUUGGCAAAUCCAGAUACAAGAGAAAUAUGUUUGCCACAGAGAGUUAUAUUAUUGAUAAUGCUCAGGCAAUACAGAUCAAGAAGAUGGAGCCAGAUGAACAACUUAGAAAUUAUCACGUGAACUUGAGAGGCCACGCACCGCUGGACAGGCAACUGGAAGACAAAGAAAAAAAAAUAAGUGCAGCACAAACUCGACUAUCAGAACUGCAUGACGAAAUAGAAAAGGCAGAACAACAAAUUUUGAGAGCUACUGAAGAAUUUAAACAACUGGAAGAAGCUGUACAACUAAAAAAAAUUUCAGAAGCAGGGAAGGACCUUCUUUACAAGCAGUUGAGUGGUAGACUACAACUUGUAAAUAAAUUACGCCAGGAAGCUCUGGAUCUAGAACUGCAGAUGGAAAAGCAAAAGCAGGAAAUUGCCGAAAAGCAGAAGGAGAUGAAGGACCUGCAAAUAGCCAUGGAUAGCCUGGAUUCCAAAGACCCAAAACAUUCCCAUAUGAAGGCUCAAAAGAGGGGUAAAGAACAACAGCUUGACAUUAUGAACAAGCAGUACAAACAACUUGAAAGUCGUUUGGAUGAGAUACUUUCUAGAAUUGCUAAGGAAACGGAAGAGAUUAAGGACCUUGAACAACAACUUACUGAAGGCCAGAUAGCAGCAAACGAAUCCCUGAAGAAGGAUUUAGAAGGUGUCAUCAGUGGGUUGCAAGAAUACCUGGGGACCAUUAAAGGCCAGGCAACUCAGGCCCAGAAUGAGUGCAGAAAGCUGCAGGAUGAGAAAGAGACGUUGUUGCAGAGAUUGACAGAAGUCGAGCAGGAGAGAGACCAACUGGAAAUAGUUGCCAUGGAUGCAGAAAAUAUGAGGAAGGAGCUUGCAGAGCUAGAAAGUGCCCUCCAGGAGCAGCAUGAGGUGAAUGCAUCUUUGCAGCAGACCCAGGGAGAUCUCAGUGCCUAUGAAGCUGAGCUAGAGGCUCGGCUAAACCUAAGAGAUACUGAAGCCAGCCAGCUCAAGGAAGAGUUGGAAAAAGUAACAAGACUAACCCAGUUAGAACAAUCAGCCCUUCAAGCAGAACUUGAGAAGGAAAGGCAAGCCCUCAAGAAUGCCCUUGGAAAAGCCCAGUUCUCAGAAGAAAAGGAGCAAGAGAACAGUGAGCUCCAUGCAAAACUUAAACACCUGCAGGAUGACAAUAAUCUGUUAAAACAGCAACUUAAAGAUUUCCAGAAUCACCUUAACCACGUGGUUGAUGGUUUGGUUCGUCCAGAAGAGGUGGCAGCUCGUGUGGAUGAGCUAAGAAGAAAACUGAAAUUAGGAGCUGGGGAAAUGAACAUCCAUAGUCCUUCAGAUGUCUUAGGGAAAAGUCUUGCUGAUUUACAGAAACAAUUCAGUGAAAUUCUUGCACACGCCCAGUGGGAAAGAGAUGAAGCACAAGUUAGAGAAAGAAAACUCCAAGAAGAAAUGGCUCUGCAGCAAGAGAAACUGGCAACUGGACAAGAAGAGUUCAGGCAGGCCUGUGAGAGAGCCCUGGAAGCAAGAAUUAAUUUUGAUAAGAGACAACAUGAAGCGAGAAUCCAGCAACUGGAGAAUGAAAUUCACUAUUUGCAAGAAAAUCUAAAAAGUAUGGAGGAAAUCCAAGGCCUUACAGAUCUCCAACUUCAGGAAGCUGAUGAAGAGAAGGAGAGAAUUCUGGCCCAACUCCGAGAGUUAGAGAAAAAGAAGAAACUUGAAGAUGCCAAAUCUCAGGAGCAAUUUUUUGGUUUAGAUAAAGAACUGAAAAAACUGAAGAAAGCUGUGGCCACCUCUGAUAAGCUAGCCACAGCUGAACUCACCAUUGCCAAAGACCAGCUAAAAUCCCUUCAUGGAACUGUUAUGAAAAUUAACCAGGAGCGAGCAGAGGAGUUGCAGGAAGCAGAGAGGUUCAGCAGAAAGGCAGCACAAGCAGCCAGGGAUCUGACCCGAGCAGAAGCUGAGAUCGAACUCCUGCAGAAUCUCCUCAGGCAGAAGGAGGAGCAGUUUCGACUUGAGAUGGAGAAAACAGGUGUAGGUACUGGAUCAAACUCACAGGUCCUAGAAAUUGAGAAACUGAAAGAGACAAUGGAACGACAAAGGAUAGAGAUUGCAAGGCUGCAGAAUGUACUAGACCUCACCGGAACUGGUAAAGGAUUGGGCUUUGAUUUUUGGCAGUGGUUUUGUAGUCUCCAGAGGGAUGUUAAUAAACUGAAUUGUGUUUCCAGCCAUAGUUCCCAGGCCACCAAGGACUCUGGUGUUGGCCUUAAGUACACAGCCUCAACUCCUGUUAGAAAACCAUGCCCUGGGCAGCAGGAUGGGAAGGAAGGCAGUGGACCUCCCCCUGCCUCAGGAUACUGGGUUUAUUCUCCCAUCAGGAGUGGGUUACAUAAAUUGUUUCCAAAUAGAGAUGCAGACAGUGGAGGAGAUAGUCAGGAAGAGAGUGAGCUGGAUGACCAAGAAGAACCCCCAUUUGUGCCUCCUCCUGGAUACAUGAUGUAUACUGUGCUUCCUGAUGGUUCUCCUGUGCCCCAGGGCAUGGCCCUGUAUGCACCACCUCCUCCCUUGCCAAACAAUAGCCGACCUCUCACCCCCGGCACUGUUGUUUAUGGCCCACCUCCUGCUGGGGCCCCCAUGGUGUAUGGGCCUCCACCCCGCAACUUCUCAAUCCCCUUCAUCCCUAUGGGUGUGCUGCAUUGCAACGUCCCUGAACACCAUAACUUAGAGAAUGAAGUUUCUAGAUUGGAAGACAUAAUGCAGCAUUUAAAAUCAAAGCAGCAGGAAGAACGGUGGAUGAGAGUAUCCAAGCGACAGUCCGAGAAAGAAAUGGAAGAACUGCAUCAUAAUAUUGAUGAUCUUUUGCAAGAGAAGAAAAGCUUAGAGCGUGAAGUAGAAGAAUUACAUAGAACUGUCCAGAAACGUCAACAGCAAAAGGACUUCAUUGAUGGAAAUGUUGAGAGUCUUAUGACUGAACUAGAAAUAGAAAAAUCACUCAAACAUCAUGAAGAUAUUGUAGAUGAAAUUGAGUGCAUUGAGAAGACUCUUCUGAAACGUCGCUCAGAGCUCAGGGAAGCUGACCGACUUCUGGCAGAGGCUGAGAGUGAACUUUCGUGCACUAAAGAAAAGACAAAAAAUGCUGUCGAAAAGUUCACUGAUGCCAAGAGAAGUUUAUUGCAAACUGAGUCAGAUGCUGAGGAAUUAGAAAGGAGAGCUCAGGAAACUGCCAUUAACCUUGUCAAAGCUCAUCAGGAGCUAAGAUUACUCCAGGCUGAUGCAAAGGAUUUGGAGCAGCACAAAAUCAAGCAAGAAGAAAUCUUGAAAGAAAUAAACAAAAUUGUAGCAGCAGAAGACUCAGACUUCCAAUGUUUAAGCAAGAAGAAGGAAAAACUGACAGAAGAGCUUCAGAAACUGCAAAAAGAUGUUGAGAUGGCAGAACGCAGUGAGGAUCACCACCUGCAAGUCCUUAAAGAAUCUGAGACGCUCCUUCAAGCCAAGAGAGCUGAGCUGGAAAAGCUGAAAAGCCAGGUGACAAGUCAGCAGCAGGAGAUGGCUGUCUUGGACAGGCAGUUAGGGUAUAAAAAGGAGGAGCUGCAGCUACUCCAAGGAAGCAUGGUGCAGGCAAAAGCUGACCUCCAGAAAGCUCUGAGACUGGGAGAGACUGAAGUAGCUGAGAAGUGCAAUCACAUUAAGGAAGUAAAAUCUCUUCUGGAAGAACUGAGUUUUCAGAAAGGAGAACUGAACGUUCAGAUUAGUGAAAGAAAAACUCAGCUUACACUUAUAAAGCAGGAAAUUGAAAAAGAGGAAGAAAAUCUUCAGAUUGUUUUAAGGCAGAUGUCUAAACAUAAAACUGAACUAAAGAAUAUUCUGGACAUGUUGCAACUUGAAAACAAUGAGCUACAAGGUUUGAAGCUACAACAUGACCAAAAGGUAUCUGAAUUAGAGAAGACUCAGGUGGCAGUGCUAGAGGAGAAACUGGAGUUAGAGAAUUUGCAGCAGAUAGCCCAGCAGCAGAAAGGGGAAAUAGAGUGGCAGAAGCAGCUCCUCGAGAGGAAUAAACGAGAAAUAGAACGAAUGACUGCUGAGUCCCGAGCUUUACAAUCGUGUGUUGAGUGUUUGAGCAAAGAAAAGGAAGAUCUCCAAGAGAAAUGUGACAUUUGGGAAAAAAAGUUGGCACAAACCAAAAGGGUUUUAGCAGCAGCAGAAGAAAAUAGCAAAAUGGAGCAAUCAAACUUAGAAAAGUUGGAAUUGAAUGUCAGAAAACUGCAGCAGGAACUAGACCAACUAAACAGAGACAAGUUGUCACUGCAUAACGACAUUUCAGCAAUACAACAGCAGCUCCAAGAAAAACAAGAAGCAGUAAACUCACUGCAGGAGGAACUAGCUAAUGUCCAAGACCAUUUGAACCUAGCAAAACAGGACCUGCUUCACACCACCAAGCAUCAGGAUGUAUUGCUUAGUGAGCAGACCCGACUCCAAAAGGACAUCAGUGAAUGGGCAAAUAGGUUUGAAGACUGUCAGAAAGAAGAGGAGACAAAACAACAACAACUUCAAGUGCUUCAGAGUGAGAUUGAAGAAAACAAGCUCAAACUAGUCCAACAAGAAAUGAUAUUUCAGAGACUCCAGAAAGAGAGAGAAAGUGAAGAAAGCAAAUUAGAAACCAGCAAAGUGACACUGAAGGAGCAACAGCACCAGCUGGAAAAGGAAUUAACAGACCAGAAAAGCAAACUGGACCAAGUGCUCUCAAAGGUGCUGGCGGCUGAAGAGCGUGUUAGGAUUCUGCAGGAAGAGGAGAGGUGGGGUGAGAGCCUGGAGAAGACGCUCUCCCAAACUAAACGGCAGCUUUCAGAAAGGGAGCAGCAAUUGGUGGAGAAGUCAGGUGAGCUGUUGGCCCUCCAGAAAGAGGCAGACUCUAUGAGGGCAGACUUCAGCCUCCUGCGGAACCAGUUCUUGACAGAAAGAAAGAAAGCUGAGAAGCAGGUGGCCAGCCUGAAGGAAGCACUUAAGAUCCAGCGGAGCCAGCUGGAGAAAAACCUUCUUGAGCAAAAACAGGAGAACAGCUGCAUGCAAAAGGAAAUGGCAACAAUUGAACUGGUAGCCCAGGACAACCAUGAGCGGGCCAGGCGCCUGAUGAAGGAGCUCAACCAGAUGCAGUAUGAGUACACGGAGCUCAAGAAACAGAUGGCAAACCAAAAAGAUUUGGAGAGAAGACAAAUGGAAAUCAGUGACGCAAUGAGGACACUUAAAUCUGAGGUGAAGGAUGAAAUCAGAACCAGCCUGAAGAAUCUCAAUCAGUUUCUUCCAGAACUACCAGCAGAUCUAGAAGCUAUUUUGGAAAGAAAUGAAAACCUAGAAGGAGAAUUGGAAAGCUUGAAAGAGAACUUUCCAUUUACCAUAAAUGAGGGACCUUUUGAAGAAAAACUGAACUUUUCACAAGUUCACAUAAUGGAUGAGCACUGGCGUGGAGAAGCACUCCGGGAGAAACUGCGUCACCGGGAAGACCGACUCAAGGCCCAACUCCGACACUGUAUGUCCAAGCAAGCAGAAGUAUUAAUUAAAGGAAAGCGGCAGACAGAGGGCACUUUACACAGUUUGAGAAGACAAGUAGAUGCUUUAGGGGAACUGGUCACUAGCACCUCUGCAGAUUCAGCAUCGUCACCCAGUCUGUCUCAGCUGGAGUCUUCCCUCACAGAGGACUCUCAACUUGGACAAAAUCAGGAAAAGAAUACCUCAGCCAGAUGAGGAAUACUGUCUUGUGUAAAUAUAUUCAAGGAAAGCACCUCCACUACCUCACUGACUUUAUCAUUGGAAUGUCAGUUAUUUUUUUAAAUCAAGAUCCAGUGAACUAAGAUUCUGAAACUUCAAUGUAGUUUAUUUUGCCUAUACCAUUAAUGCCAAUGUUUUUAUAAAUAACUUGUACAUAGUACAUAUGGGAAUAGUUGCAUAUGGGAAUUUAAACCAUGCGGCUAAGCCUUUUUGUUUGUAUCUUCGUAACUUUUUUUUUUUUUAUAAAAACCAGUGAUUUUAACUGCAUAUCUGAACCUACAAACUGGUAAAUCUUAUUAACAAAAAGAAUGUACUUAAGGCUCUCUUUAUUUAUAGUGUUAUUUUUGAAUUUUGCUUGAAAUCUAUUUUUCAUAUAAAAAUAAAAGAUAACAAUCAA